GUUCAAUGUGCGCCGGGUCUCAACUCUUCACUUAUAUACCCGAGUUUGGGUCCUUUCAGUUAGAUGGGAUGCGCAAAGCAAACAAAUUGGAAUAUAACAUAUUCUUAUCGAAACUGACACAUUCCGAAUGACGCCAGAAUUAGAUGGUCCUUCAGAUCGGACAAGAUGUCAUCAACCAACCCACGACCGACCAGCUCAACCAGGCAUCUCUCCUCAGGGGCAUACGCGCAGAAGUUGCUAAUCUAUUCGGGGACUAUGGCUCAGGGGCCAUCGAGGGCGGAAACUUAGGAGUGAAGUACUUCUCUCACGCCACCUCAACAUUCAUUCUGCGUAUUUCGCGAUCGUCUUAUCGCCUAGUUUGGACUGCUUUGACUUUUAUGAACUCCAUCCCUAUCAAGAACGGGAAACCAUGUGUCUUCCGUGUGGUUCACGUGAGCGGUACCAUGCGCAAAGUCGAGGAAGAAGCUAUUCGUCGUGCCCGGGAUCUCAUCUUUGCGGCGCAGAAUGACCACAAAGAGAAGACUGAUGACCCUCUCAGUAACUUAUUUCGGAAAUCAGAACCGGAAGCCGAUGUCGCCAUGGCAGACUUACUGAACGUCGAGGAUGGUGAUAGCGACGUAGAAAUGGGAGAAAUAGUUGAUGAUUGAGACAACUUCAUUGCUUCUUUCGGACUACCUUGAUUCCGCUAUCUCCAGUCGGCGGGGGCAUUCCAUCGAACUCAUCAUCAUCGUCAUCAGGAAUCAAGUCAGGGGUCGUAGCUCCAGUAUCACCGCCGGCCCUCUUCUGCUGCUCUUCCCACUCUUUCUCCUCCGCCGCGUCGUAC